AUGUUCCAAGGUGGCCAAUGAAAUUUCAACUAUGAAAUUUAUUGACAUUGCAGACAAGAUAAAGUUUUGUGCUGCAGAGUACCGAAAGCAACUUAGUGGAAAAUCAGAACUAAUCAGCACUGCCAAGACCGCACACGAUGCUUUUGAUUGGCACCGGUGUUGCAUGAGAAAUGUCAGGAGAAAGCGAUCAAUCGUUUAUCCAAUUAGAAAUCAUUUCUGGUUGAGGUGGAGAUGGUUUUUACCACAUAAAUGGUUCCAAUACUAUCGUAUCACCAAUGGUAAUCAAACUUCAAUUACUAAAGUGGUAAGACUUCCUGGCUCUAUCACUGAGUGGUCAAUCUACGGUCUGUCUCAGUGUUGUGCUACUGGAUUCUGUGUGUCGGAGCCAAUUGAAAUCACCGUCUUUAAGCCACAUUAUGUGAAAUGUCACUUACCUUACUCUUUGAAGCGUCAGGAACAAGUAUCAGUGGCGUGUUCUGUAUCCAACUACAACUAUUACCCACUGAAUGCUUGUUUUUCAAUUCACGAUUAUUCUACUAAUAGUCUUUGCACAAGUUCUGGCAUAGGGAACAAGUUUACACCUGUUUGUUCUUACAUUCCAAAGUCUGACACAAUGACGAUACUUAUUCCGUUGGUGCCUCUUGAAGUAGGCACGGCAGAGCUGGCUGUUAAGAUGCUUACUGUAUCAGCUGGAGAUAUACUAAUACAGAAUGUCCGAGUUGUGCCCGAGGGUGUUACAAGGAGUUAUAGUUAUGCAGCGGAACUAGACCCUCAAGGUCUUAAUAUGAAUGUUAGCGGAGGUUGCAGUCUUCGCCAGAGACCAGAUCUGCGAUUAGGCAAAUGUUUCAAGUCAGUAUCUCGAGAGGGCAGUUGCGUAGAUCUUAUCAAAGACAACAUCACAAGGGAAGAUUGUUGUAUCGGGCGAUCUGCCAGUUUUUCGGUAGCUUUUCAUAGUGGUAGUAACUGUGAAUUGUGUCCGUCAAAGCAAGAAAUACAUUUUUGUGAAGAAAAGUGCGCUUGCGCAAACACAAAGCAAAACCGAACGCAAGUCAAUUACUUCUACGUUCGAGCGCCGGAGAACUUUGUCGCUGAUUCGGAGAAAGCGUGGCUGGGAGUUACUGGCAAGUACUACUCAAUUGAAGAGCACACAGAAAGCAAAUUUCAGCAUAUUCAAGGAAUUGAGGAUAUCCUGAAGUUGCCUGGCUCACACGGAGAAGCCAAUAUGAAACUCUUUGGUCCCAACUGUGCAACUGUGUCGUUUAUGGCUUCCACUAACCCGGGCUCAGAAAUACCUUAUCUUUCUCGUCUCAAACAAAGUUACCAAUAUCAGUUACGAUAUCGCAAAAAAGAUUCUGGAGGAUUUGCUAUCUGGCAACAUUCUGAAGCGUCUACUUGGUUGAGUUCAUUUGUUCUUCGCACCAUGUGUUGUGCAAGAAAAUUUAUACAAGUCGAUCCUAAUGUUGUCUCUGGCCUUAUCAACUUUCUUGGAACUCGUCAAAAUGCUUCCGGAAAGAUCUUAGAGCCCAGAACAGUGUUUAGUCGAGAGAUGUUGGGAGGUGUUCAGGAGGAUGGUGUGUCAAUAACGGCUUACACUAUUAUGAGCUUACUUGAGUGUUGUAGUCCUAAGGAAAGGCCAAUGCUGGUGCUCAAAGUCUGUCCUGCUGUCACUUACAUGCUAAAUGAAGUUCGAGCCAAUAGAGUACAGAGACCUUAUGCUCAAGCAGUUGUUUAUCUGGCAUUGCUUAAAGCUUGCAACUAUUCUGAUUGCGGCAUCUGCAAAAGGGAAAGAGUUUGUGAUUUUGCUGUUGUUCAAAAACUACGACGUGAACUCUUUAAAAAGUCAAAGAUUGGCGAAGAUGGGUCCCGACACUGGGAAGCUGACACGUCGGUUGGGAAGGCGUAUUGGUAUAAACGCCAACCUUCAGCUAUCUCUGUAGAAAUGACUUCUUACGUUCUUGAAGCCUGUCUCGAUGUGUCUGACUGCCAAUGCGCAGCAUCAGUUGGCAAAUGGCUCAACAGCGUAAGGAACUCACAGGGUACUUUUAUAUCAACUCAAGUAAUACAGUCUUUACAUAUUUCAAUGAAUCUUUUGUGCCAAUUUGUAACUAUGACGAUUUAGGAUACUGUUGUGGCUUUGAACGCUCUGGCGAAGUUUGCCGCUGGAUGCAACGUGACUGUUAGGCAUCCUCCAGAUCUCUGCGUGACAGUGACCAGCUUGAAUAAAAAUAGGGUUGUUCGAAAUUUUACUAUCAACGCUGAAAAUGCUGCACUCACACAGCGCGUUCAGAUUCCAAUAAAUGACGUCUACAAAGUGGAAACUUGCGGCACUGGCUUGGGACAAGCUAUG